GCUUAAAAGCUGGAGUACAGCAUCUGUACAUUUUCAAUGUGACUUCGCAAUUCCUGCCCGGAUAAAUUGUCAGAGUGGGUUGCAGUGAUGCCUUUGAGAAAUGGACAAGAUUCAUUGGACAAGGACUCCGCUACAAGACAAGCCAUGAAGCAGAGACGAAAACUCGGUUAUAGCAAUCAAGUCAACCUACGGAACAUUCGAAUUGCUGUAAUGGGCCAAGAUGGCGUCGGAAAAACAGCUCUCACCGUGCGAUUUUUGACAAAGCGUUUCAUUGGGGAAUACGACCAAACACUAGAAACAACCAAUAGGCACCACAUCGACGUGGAUGGAGAACAUGUUGCACUGGACAUUUUGGACACAGCAGGAAAGAAUUCUGAAGAGAAGCUUGAGAACAUCGUUGUAUACGCGGACAUCUUCCUCGUUCUUUACUCCAUCACAGACCGCGCCAGUUUUCAGGAAGCCGGCAAGAUCGUCAAGUACAUCAGACGCCACAGAACCCUGGACUCCAGCAGUAUAAUCAUCGCGGGAACUAAGCGUGAUUUGGAACACUUCAGAGCCGUUCGCGAGACAGACGGCAGUAGACUCACCUAUUCCCUCAACUGUGGAUUCUUCGAGAUAUCAAUUUCGGAGACUUUUGCUGAAACAAUAGACAUGUUUCAUGAAAUCUUGAGACAAUAUUUAAACGCGCAUCCCUCGCAAGAUCCAGCAAGUACAAUUGUAACCGCUCACUCACCAACUCCUAUGAUUUCUCAGCAUAAAGAAAUAAAAUCUCCGUCUUCUUGGGCAAAGGUCAAGGGAUUGAAGACGAUGCCGUUUAGAAGAAAGUCUACACAGGCUGUUGCCUGCUGAUAAGCUUGGCUUGGAAGGCAAACAACACGCCUGGAAUUUAUGUCUGACGAAAUACAGCCACGCACGUAGCAGUUGCACGGAUGAUCACGAAGAAAAAUAACAGGAAAUAUAUGAUUAUAUGGUCAUAUAUAUGAAACAAAACAAUUUCCUGGUUACGUCCGGGAAGAUUCAAUUUUAGAAGACUUGUAUAUGAGUCUCAACCUGAACAACAGAUAUCUGGAAGUAAAGACAGUAGUUUAAUCUAAACGUAAGAGUUUGAAAAUCAGAGAACUUGGAAUUCGCGCAGGAUCAAGUAAAAUUCGAGCGAAAUGUGCAGUAUAGAUAAUUAUGUUAUAUAGAGCUCAACCCGUUUGAAUAUGAAGAAAACCGUAGAUUAUGGAUUAAGAUCUGAAUCGUUGUAACCUGUGUAUAUAGGUGUAUAUAAAUAUUUUCAGUAAUCUAAUGCUACUAAUCUAGCUGUAGCCCGAAAUAAAAAGAGAUCUCUUACAA